CGCUCUACCAGUGUGCACACUCCGCUCUCUCUGUGCCUGCGUUUUUUUCUCCCCCCCUUCUCAUUCGUUCUCUGCCUCUCAGCGGCGGCAGCUCAGGGAGGCAGCUGUAUGUGCGUCUGCAUCACAAUUGCCACAGGUAAAGACAGCUGCACCGUCGGAUGUUGCUAACCCCAGAGGGGGUUAGGGAGUCUUUGCUGCUGCGGUUGCAAGUUCUCAUCCCGGUGCGGGGCGCACAUUUCUAAUCAUCUCCAAGAAGGCAUCCUGUGAGGGGGGGGAGGACGAGAAGAGGAUCCCAGCAACCAGACCAACAAAUCAUAGGCUGACUGGAAAGAGCACGGGCUUUCAGGAACUGAGGGAAAAACACCACUCAGAGAGAAAGAAGAGACCAUCUGUGGGAUAUUUUAAAAACAUUGUGGCUUCCUGUUUGUGUUUUCCUUUUUUUAUUUUUAUCUCUUGCUUUUCUGCUCUUUCCUCUUUCAUUCAUUUCCAUCUCCACUCCCUGCUUCUCAUCCUCUUCCUCUCAUUUUAUCCCUCAGUGGCGGAAUGCUCCCUGCAAAUAGAUGAGAAGAGGCUCUCUGAGCGCCUGCUGCAGUAUUAACGGACGGUAUACUGAGACAGCAGGGCGCUGAGCGCACAGCUUGGAGAAAUCUGAUCCAUAGCCGGCCGGAGAAGGAGCAGGAUCACGCGUCGCAGUUGCAGAUUUAUCCGCCCUGUGAUACCACAGCGCGACAACACCCCUCAUUCUUUCCCCCCCCCUCUCCCUCUCUCUCUCUGUGCUCAUCUGAAGUGUUGCUUUUUGACUGGAUCCGCAAAAGUAAUUGGAUUCUACGGCUUUAUUUUUAUCCUCACUGGAAUUUAGAGACACACAUAAAGGAAGCAAAGUGGGUUCAGAUUCCAAAGAGUGAUAAAGAAAAAAAUCUCCCCCCAAAAAAAAAAAAAAAAAAUGAUAGGCUGAUCGAAAAUCAAAGAGCGACAAAGAUAGAGGAUAAUCCAAGGAGUGUGUUUGGACAGACGCAUAAACGACACAUCUCUUCUCUCUUGUUCUCUUUCAGUUACGAAAGAGACUGGUUUUGGGAGCUGAGGGAAGCUGACUCGGCUGAAGCCGUUGGAACAGGCUGCAUCGGGAAACAUUUUUUCCUUUUUUUUUUUUUUUGGUCAGUACAGGGUGGGGGGAAACAAUAAGACCCACCCUGCAAGUUUCACUCCCCUAGACUAGACAAUACCGUCCCAUCGUGGAUUGAACAUGGAGGGGGACGUACGUGCAUGUUAAGCAGAAAUAGCUGUGGAUUUUAGCUGCAGUGGCACCCGAACACUGAUGCCAUGGAUUCCUCACAUGCACAGAUGUAAAGCUGUUCCUUCCCACCCGUCUCUCCCUCCCGUCUCUCUUUUGUCCCUCUUCCUCCCUGUUCGAGACAUCACUUCUUCUUCUUCCUCCUCUCCUCCUCCAGUUUACCCUCCUGUGAACAUCCUGAAGUUCGCCGUUGCUUCAGUCGGACAUAGGGACUUUGGCAAGACUGAACACGGACUAACUGGGCGAUUAUCCGUCUGUGCCAGCUCCCCCAUUUCUCACUGGGCGACUCUGAGUGUGUGAGUGUGUGUGUGUGUGUGUGUGUGCUUGUGACUGCGUGUCUGCAUGUAUCUGCACCCCUCCCCUCCUCUCUAUCCUCGGAUUCUAUAUUUGUAUAUGUGUUAUUGAGAGUGCGAUUCUGUGGGGUCCUUUUUUCUUUUUUUUCAUCCAUUUCUUCAUCUUUCCCUUUGUCUCUUCCAAAUGUCCGGCAUUGUUGGGAACCGUUCUGCCUUGUGCUACCGAUGCCUAUCACAGGGUUAACCCUCAAUGAGCCAUAAAGGACGGCGGGGAAGUAUGAGCGAGUGUUCUGGGGCAGCUGUAUCCGGGGUGGUGAUCCUGGAGGAACCUGAGGGUUCAGGGGCUUCAGGGGGCCGUGGGGAGGGCCAGGCCCAGGAUCAGGGUCCCCUUCGUUGUGCCGUUUGGCCACGCCAGCAGACAUGGCUGUGUGUGGUCCCCUUACUCAUUGGAUUCAUUGGCCUUGGAUUGAGCCUGAUGUUGUUGAAAUGGAUCGUCGUCGGCACGGUGCGGGAUUACGUGCCAACAGACUUGGUGGAUGCUAAUCGAAUAGGCCAGGAUCCUAUCUUCCUCUCCAAGCCGAGCGGGAUUCCCAAAAGUCCCGAUACUACUACUACUACAACUACUCCUACAGCGGAUGGCGGGAACCCCACGCCUAGGACUGUAACUGUCGCGAAAGGUAGAACUCGUUCCACUGCUACUACCACUACUAUAAACCCCAGAGGGGGUGGAGCCUCGGGUAGCCAAGUAACCCCUCGGAAUCCUGGGAAUCGAAACGGACGCGGACCUUCGGGUUUUACUACAACCACUGCAGCACCGAGGACGACCUUCGUGAUUGGAGUGGCAACGUCUAGCCCCUCCCCGUCCAAUCCGACCGUGCUCCAUGACUCCACGCAGAUGUGGACCCCGGAACACACUACCACCGAGACGGUCUCCACCACGCUCACCACGCGUACGCACGGCCACCGCAAAACACCAUCUCCAACUGUCCCUCCGCUGCACUCAGAGCAUUUCAAACCCUGUCAUGAGAAGGACCUGGCCUACUGCCUAAAUGGUGGCGAAUGCUUUGUCAUCGAGACGCUCAGUGGGCCUCACAAGCACUGCAAGUGUCGAGAAGGUUACCAGGGAAUCCGCUGCGACCAGUUUCUGCCAAAGACAGACUCCAUCCUGUCUGACCCAAAUCACUUGGGCAUCGAGUUUAUGGAGAGCAAAGAGGUGUACAAGAGACAGGUGCUGUCAAUCACGUCCAUCGCCAUGGCGAUCAGCCUCCUGGGAACCCUGUGCAUGGCCCUCUACUGCCGCAACAAGAGGCGCAGAGAGAAGCUCCAGGCACAUCUGAAGGAGAGUCGCAGUCUGAAAAACUACUCUGCUAAUUCCCAUAAUGCCCUGGAUGCCAAGAUGAGGACCACUAACAACAACCUGCAAAUGCAUGAGUACUGCAAACGCUCCUCCCAGCCUCGCCAGGGAAACGACUGUGAGUCCAGCUUCCCGCACUGCAACAUCACCGCCACACCGUCAAGCAGCUCCAGAGGCGCAGCAAAACAUCACAGAAGCGGCUCCUUGUCUCACAGCCCAGAUCAGAGAACACGGACAGCUCAUUGGUCAGCUUCGCGCAGGACCCCGCCCAUUCCCCGAGGAAGGCUGAAUCCAAUUGGAGGAUCCAAGUAUUCGGGCCCCGCCUACCAACACCUUCAAGAAGUGGACUCCACCGAGAAGGAAGCUGAAGCACAGAGACGCUGGCAAAUUCAGGGAGAGAACCAAUGCGACAACCCCAGACGAGAUGCCCUCCUACAUAUGCAGACUCCUGUUUCCAUGGAGACGACGUCACCAUCACCUUGGAGCGGUCACAUGGAGGUGCGUUCCGGCCUGUGCCCUCCGUCGGAGCACACCGAUCCGAAUACCUCCACCCGGAGCCUGCGGAGGCCCGGCCGCCGUCACAGCCACUCCCCGCCUCCUCCGUUUCGCUCGUGCUCCAUCCCAAUUAUCCCCUCUGUCCAGUGUCACCAUGACAACGAGGUGUCUUGUAUGCAAACCAGUGUCACCCCGGCAACCACAACGAUGUCUGUCACCUGCGGAGCCACGCCCUGCAACGGUGAGAGGAGAGAGAAGGCGCCAUGCGUCGAUUUGUCGUCCUCCUCCUGCUCGUCCGCUGUCGGCCAGCCGCAGGACGAGGUGGCGCUGCUGCUGGAGGAGGCGCAGGAGCAGCUCAGGGCGUUGGCGUUGGCUCACAGGAAGCAGGAAGAGGGCGGGAUCAGCAGCAGCACCGGGUUGACGGCUGCGCUGGUGGCGGCCAGAGAAACUGUUUGCUUCCUGAACCCUAACGGAGGAAGCGCUGGGGUGCUGAGCUGUAACGGACCAACGCAGACCCAGCUACUCAGCCCCAGCCUAUCACACAGAGACCUGGGCCAGACCGGCCAAUGAAAGGACACGACUUAACACAGUCACGUUAGGUUUGAUAGUGUAUGAAAGACUGUGGUGCUCUGCAUCUGUGGGACGUGAAGGGAAACGCAGAAUUGAAAAAAAAAAAGUAAUAUCAUGGUAAUUGAGAAAAUGUGCUGAUGAUAUGCAUACUGUACGGACUCAAACAUACAAACACUUCUGGAGUGGCCGCCUUUACACCGACUGACAGUACGGAAAAAGAAAAAAAAUAUUUACAUGCAUUUAUUUACAAAACAAGAAAAACACUACUUAGACAAAAAGAAACCAAAUAGUCUGUCAAAUCCAUGGUGUUUUUAAUUGUAAAAAGAAUAUAUAAAUAUAUAUAUAAAUAUAUAUGGAUAUAAAUAUAUGGAAUUCAAAAAGUGACCAAGUACAAAGUUGAAGAACACAGGAAUGUUGUAACUAUUUUUCUUUUUCUUUUUUCUUCUCCCUGUUUUGUAUUAACUGUCAUAUUUUGGUUCUGGCUCAACUCUAACGAAAGAACUUCAUAAACGUUCCCACCGCACGUCCACCAGGAGCCGUGAGUCAGAUUCUGUGAGUCUGUGCAGAAUCCAACAUGGCGAAUGAGGAAGGAGCCUCCGCACUGACUCCCCCCCCCCUCCUCUUGCCUUUUGAAGACCUUUCUGCCCCGCCAAGAAUCCCAGUACAGCCCACUGUGGAAACAGACGCAACACAAAACUAAAACCCGACUCGACGACUGUGUGGGUUAUGUGUUUGUGCUGGGUUGCAGCGAGGGAGAAGAAGAAAAAAACAGGAAGUGACUUUAUUCUGCAGUCGGUCAGAUUCGGGAGAGCAGAUUGUUAAAGACAGCCUGAGAUGCUGACUCUCCUUUGGCCAGUGUUUCAAACUAGUCUAGAUUUAUUUUUCUUUGUUAUAAAUGAUAUUUUCACACAUGUGCGGACACACACACAAACACACACACACACACACACACACACACACACACACACACACACACACUCACCUGUGCAUUAUUUUUCAGUUGGGUGGAUGGAUCAGAUAAAUGGACAGAAGGAAAAGGAAGAACGGAGGGCUAAGGGGCACCACAGGAGGUAUUCGGACAUUUUUUUAGAUUCUUUUGUUUUCCAUUUUUGGUUAUUAAUGAACAAUGCUGCUUUUUGGGGCUGAUGGUAGGUGUGGGUAUUGAAACAAGAAAUAAAUGUCUCUAUGUUGUAUCCUAUGAAUUGGAAGCUUUUGAAUCUCUGUAUGAAGUUAACAGCCAAAUGUUUCUGGUGACAAAGAGUAAAAAAAAAAUGGUUGCAGUUCUGGUAAAGAUUUUUUUCAAAAUAACACUUGUUUUGGUUGAUUGCUUGGAAGACACUUUGACACCCUAACAGCACCCUAUCCGACAUGCAUGCUGGAAAACAUCAGCGUGGUUUACACCAAUAUGCUGCACUUAUCCUGUUGGUCUUUUCAAACACAACCUCGUCUGCAAUGGCUUGGAAAAAGCUGGUAUCAUCCACAAAGUAAUUUAUUUUACCCAUAAAAGUAGUUCCCUCUUUUCACAGUGCUGCCUUGAAGACAGAAAUUAUGUUUUUAAAUAUGGUUCAAUUCCCACUCUUCGGCACAGCCAUUUUUAAAAAGAUCUACGUGACAUAAUUGUUUAAACCCAUACAACUUUGCUUCAGUUGAUGUCAUGAGUGUUAAAACAGGUUUUAAUUUCAGUAAACGGCAUCUCUUACUUUUAUUCUAACAUCAUGUUUGUAAGAGCAGCUGUCUCUUUCUGAGAUCCGGGAACACUGGAUUUGUGGUGUGUGCGUGGCGGCUGCGUCAUGUGAUGUAGAGAUUCGGCCAAUUUUUCACAUGUGACUUGCGCGUCUCGCAGCAAAAACAUAGUCAUAUAUAUAUAUAUAUAUAAAUAUAAUAUAUUUUUUAACCAUUUUCUCGUCUGCAUGUGGACACAGUGUUUUUUUUGUGACAUUUUGUGUCAAAAAUAAAUCAGAAAUUAAUUUAUAAUUAAAAGAAAUCCUAAAUGUGAGUAGCCUGCAAACUCUAUGUAGAUAUAGCUGGCAGUAGCAGCAAUGCAGCAGACACGCAGCUGCCACACACACACAACGCAGGCAGUGUGUUCCUGGAGUAAUUGCUUGCCAGUACAUCAUGAAAAUGACCUAAAUGAAGAGACUCAAGUGUCCUCAAUUUCAAGGAAUCAAGGAAUUUUACCAAUAUGAUUUGCUCGUGGCGGUUCUGUUAAAAAUCGGCACCAAUAGGAUGAAACAUCGGAAAAGAAUUUGGUUUUCAGUUGGAAAAAUAUGAUUGUGGAUGUUUGGGCAUCCAGUCAAGUCCUAGCAAGUAAAUUGGAAAUUAAUAUUAAAAUUCCACCUCUUUUUUGUGUGUGUUUGAUUAAAGGACGUUUGAUUUGGAAAAACAAGCCAACUUGAAAAGUAAAAGCAAAGUAAAAGCUUGAACUUUGUAUGAAAGAAGCACAAAGAGCAACUAUUUUGUGUUUAACAGAGCUUUUAUCUGCAGCUGAAUGACUGAGAAAAAAAAGGGGUUUAGGGGCUUUCAGCCUUCAGAGCUUUACUCUCAGACAACACACACAUAAGAGUGGCUCCUGGAUACUUUUGUGUUUUUGAUAAGACUUUGUGAAUGUGGCCCCCUUGUCAACAUCAAACCACUGCUUUCAGCCAAAACGCUACUAUCUUGUGUGGUCCACAUGGUUCUUUCUAUGGCUACUUUCUCGUGUGUGUGAUGCAGCUCUCUUCACUUCAGUGUGUUGAUUCAAUAAUGCAACACUAUGGAUAAGUACACAGUACCUGAGAAUUCAUACUCUCCCAACCUUUACUUAUCGAAUCUCACACAAUGGCUGAUCCACGGGAAAAUUCACCACUCACCUCUGCCAUCUUUUUUUAUAAAUGCCUGAAUGGCAACGCUAAAUCUUAUUGAACACACACACUCGCACAGAAAAAUCAGCCCAGAAGUUCUUUCUUUCUUUCUUGAAGGCUUAGUUUUCCAUGCUGCCAUUAAACCCGCCCCACCGAAAAAAAGUCUCUUUUCUAUAUCAAAUUGUUGAACCUCAACAGUUUUGGUUAUUUGAUACUGAUGUCCAUGAAGUCCAUAAUGUCCCCACCAGUAUAAACACUGGUGGCUUAUGGAGGUUGAUGUGUGUCUGUGCACAAACUCGGUGCAAAAAAGAAAAAUGUGAAUUUAUUUGUUUGACCAACUGUAAUCAGUGUAUGAGCUUUUACGAGAUAAAAGUCUGCAAGCUU